AUGUUGGCAGCGAUGCGUCCAGAGGUUUUGUUGCAGCUCGAUGCGUCAACCAAUGCAUGCCAGUUGCUACUCCAGUGCCUCCCAGGACAUGCAGCCGCCCGAAUACCCGCCCAGUCGCAUUCGAAGCGGUCUGCCAAUCGUGUACGCAUGUAUCAUCUUACUGUGCCGCCUGCUAGACUUGAAGAAAUGGCUGUGGGCAUGCACGCAGCACUGAAUGAGUAUGAAAUCCGCUUCUGGCUGCAUAUCCACGACGACAUGACACACGUUUUGUCCGCGUGCACCCCAAGGAAACCAGUGGUGCGGGGACUUCAUGGGAACCAGCUGGCCCAGAGCCUCAAGAGGACGAGACGCUUGAUGACACAGCAUUGUACCAUGCUCCGCAUCCCCCACCCCUUGGCUCUUCGGACGUGCACUUUGUGA